AUGUCGGGAGCGCCAAACAGGGCGUUUCUCCGCAUCAACGGUUCCAAAAGAAGCAUUCCUGACCAUCCGAUGCAUUUGGCCCAAAAAGAAAAGACCCAACGACGCCUCGACCACGAUGCCACAAAACUUAUAAACAGAAACAUCCUUGGAUUUGACAGGCUUAAGACCUUGUAUCGCAUUAUAUGUGCUCCAAAAGAACUCCGCAAGUGUACCCCUCCUGAAUAUUUUGGCACGCUUGCAGAUGGGCUUGGCCCCUUCUCACUGCUUGUUAAUGUGUACAACCAACUCUGGGAUAGACCAAUUCAGGCCUCGAUUGACGAAUGUCCAUUGGCCGGGGCUCCCGAAAAAAUAGGAUUCUAUGACGCUAUGCGCCCCUCAGCACGUGCAGACCCUACAAGUCCAACCCGCCAGGGCUUUCUCUCAGAGGAGCUUGACAUAGAGGAUAUUGAGAUGACAGACAUCGGAUAUCAGUCGACAGUCUCUUCUCCUCCUCGUACUCCUCCCGCUGCACCUUCAGUGACAGAACCAGCAGAGGAGGAACCUCCUCGUCGAACACCAACCGAGACUCUUGUUGCGGAUUUUAUGGUUACACUUCUCGGGGGCUUAGCAAGCCUAGUGCAGGCCCUCAACCCCAGGCCCCUCUGCAUCGCAAACGCCUUUGAGACGACCUAUAGAUUUGGCCCUGUCCGUAAUACUUCUCGGCAACAACAUGACGUUCAAUUCCGAGCUCGUAUUGAUGGGAGCAUCCCAUUCGGUUUAUCUCUAGUCGGGAUGCCACGUGAAGCCGCGAUAUUCGAAGCAAAACGCGCUGCGCGUAGGGACUGGGGGGAGAGUAUUCCUGUUUUGGCCCAGCAGUCAAUGGAGCAUGCCGCCUACAUCUGGAAACGCCAUGAAGAUGACCUGACGUGGAAGAAAAAAGUCAAAACCUACCAUACCUUCAUGGUAGCUCAAGACCACUUGCAUUUCCACAUUAGCAUCGGGACAUAUGACAAUACAUAUCUCGAAUACAUUUUUGGGCCAGGUACCCAGCCAGUGCUUCCAGCGCAAGGCAAAAUCCCUUUUCUUGAGAUCCAGGAAUUCGGGCCAUUUGACGUUCCCGACCAGGAAGAGCUUGGCGAAUUUCUGAAUGUCAUGCUUUCCUUCAUACUCUGGCAACUUGAACGAACAGACGCCGGAACCACAUUUAAAAAAGCGCUCAGCUAAAGCUCUUUUGCAUUACUGAACGUCGUUUUGCCUGUCUUAUAUCCCAAAGAAUCAUUUGCCUCAGAUGGCGUAUGACUACAGUCCUGAGCCUAAUCUUGCUUUUUAGGGCCCUUUAAUCUCAAUUUAACUCGAGCUCUCGACCAUGGAUGGCAUAUGAUGAUAUAGCAAUAUGGCCGAUUUUCAUGGCGAAAAGAAGUUUAUCACGUAAUUGGCGGAAUUUCGAGAGCGCCCGAACUUACUUUAUUGUCCGUAACAAAGGAGGAGAACCCAUCACGGCAGACUAGCUCAAAAGAAAUACAGUACCUAGCGGUAUCCUCAUUUGCUAUAUCCAGAAAACCAUGGAUGCUCAGGAAUGCAUGCCCAUGGUUUAACAUUGUGUUGAGCACAGUGAUAUGAAAACGAUUCAAUUCAACGGCUUCUCUUCCGGCAAUAACACAUCUGACACUUCUAUAGAAAAAUAGUAAUUACCACAUCAGUGCACCUCCUGCCAUGCAUUACCAUAUCUCUCCAAA